AUGAGAUUAACCUUUAAAAGUCCAUUUGGAGGAUUAUUCAAGUAUAAAUUCGGGAAGUUUAAUUACCCUCUUGAACAAGAUAUCCGUAAAAAAUUGGACUCAUUAUCAACAGUUAGCAAAAUAUAUACCAAUCCCGAUGGAUCUCCCAGAGUACCCACUGAUGAGGAAUUUAAAACGUUGGCUGAAUUGCAAAAUUUGUACUAUAAGAGGAAUCAUUCAGAUUGGAACUUUUUACUCCCUGGUAUUCCCAAAGAUCAAUUACAACUAUUCAAAGAUAAUUCUCAAGACUUAAAAAACUUUCAGUUUGUUACCAAAGAUGCUGGUAAAAUUAUUGAUAAGAUUCCUUACAAGGAUGAAGCCACUGGUCAAUUAAAAUGGAGAGUGAUUCGUGAAACCGAAAAAGCUGAAGGUUGGGAAUUUCCCUAUUUUUACUUGGUUUUACCAAUUUUUGCGUACAUAGCUUAUUCUAAAUACACUGCUCAAAUGAAGAAAAGGCUGUUGGAAGGUCCAGAGUGGGCUGAAAAAGAGUUGAGAUUGAGGGCCAUGGAAGAUUACUUCCAUGGCGAUACUGAAAAGGCUAAGGAAUUUUUGAGCAAUGAGGGUAAAUCUCAAAAGGACAUAAGAGAUAGAGAUGACUUAGUCGUUGCUAGAAUCUUAGGUGGUGAUUAUGAUAAAUUGGCUCAAUUGAAAAAGAAAUUACCUAAGGAUUUGAUUCCUAAGGAAGAGCCUGCUGCGCAUAUUGGAAUUUGA